AUGUUUGGGGGCAGAUACUCGGCUGUCCUCUUCCGGCUGCUUACUGUGUCAGCCUUAGUCUCAGUUGCUCUCGCCGCCGUCGCUGGGAAAGCCAAGUACAGGCGAGACGAAACGCCAAAUUUCCCUUACGACCCUGACACUACUUCCUACUGUACCUGGUGGUGGGAUAAUGACGGGUCUAUUCCGUGCAGCGAUAUGCCGACCGUUUGGGGCAUUACACUGGAGGAUUUUUUGAGAUGGAACCCCUCCAUCACCGCUUCCUGCGGCAAUUUCCUAGCGGAGCACUCCUACUGCGUCGAAGCAUUCGGUGAGCCCGAGCCCACCAGCACAACAGCUACAAUGACCACGACAGCCGGUCCACCGGGUGAGACCCAGCCCGGUCAGAUCGAGACAUGUAAUCGCUGGGAUCUCGUUGAGUCUGGCGACUCCUGCGAUACGUUUACGGCUAAGUAUCCCGGUGUGACGCUGGAAGAUCUCAUUGCCUGGAACUCGGAGAUUGGGGCGCAGUGCCAGUAUCUCUGGGUUGGGUAUUAUAUCUGCACGGGCGUAUCAGGCUUCACGCCAACGGUAACAACCACAACUGCCACAGCAACAUCCACGAACGGGGUAACAACACCAACACCCACGCAACCUGGCAUGGUCUCGAAUUGCGACGCCUUUCACCUCGUCGAAUCAGGCGAUAGCUGUGCAACAGUUGCCUCAAGCAACGGCAUUACCCAGGAGCAGUUCCUAGAAUGGAAUAAGGGCGUUGGAGCUGGCUGUUCCUCGCUGUGGCUUGGCUACUACGUCUGCGUUUCAACUCUAGAUGUUGACCCAACUUCGACAAUCACAACAGCGACAAGCACAUCUACGAAUGGAGUCACAACCCCCACGCCUAUUCGCCCGGGAAUGGUGGGCAACUGUGAUGCGUUCCAUAUGGUUGUAGACAGAGACGGGUGUACUGCUAUUGCACAGCAGUAUGGGAUCUCAAUGAGCCAACUGGUGAACUAUAACCCGGAGGUGAAAGCCGAUUGCAGCGGGUUAUGGCUGGGAUACUACGUUUGUGUUUCAAUAAUUGGCGUUGAGCCAACAACCACCAUUACCACAACCAGCACAGCAACGAACGGGAUCUCAACACCCACGCCUACUCGGCCGGGUAUGGUCUCUAACUGCGAUGCUUUUUACAACGUACAGACAGGCGACGAGUGCGCAGUUAUCGCUAGGAACCACGGCAUCUCCGUAAACCAGCUCUAUACGUGGAACACGCAAAUAGGAAGCGACUGCAGUGGACUCUGGGCUGGAUAUUACAUCUGCGUGAGUGUGAUCGGCGUCGAUCCGACGAGCACGACCACGAGCACAGGGAAUGGGAUUGCGACGCCGACUCCCACGCAGGCGGGGAUGGUGGGGAACUGCAUGGUGUUUCACUUGGUUGUUUCAGGGGAUAAUUGCGAGAGUAUUGCGCUGGAUGCAGGCAUUACGCUGGCGCGGUUCUAUAGUUGGAACCCUGGGGUGGGGAGUUCAUAUAAGCUGUUGUCGAAGGAUCAGGUUAUUUCUAGUCCUCCAUUGGAUGUUGGCUGGGAGGUCUUUGUGUGCAGGCAAGGCUUGGCUGUGGAUCUUGUUGACGCUGAUGUCCCGUCUAUCGUUAACACAGACCUAUAA